AUGGUGGGAACGUCGGCGGCGGCGGUUACGGCCAACGAUUCGGAUUGCGGUGUCAAUGCAAAAGUUAAUUACACUUUAGGAGAAGAAUCUGGAAAGUUAAAAGAAUUUUUUAUUAAAUCCGAUACUGGAGAAAUUUGCAUUGCUAAUGAAUUGGAUUACGAAAAGAUUAAAUCUUAUGAAUUUCCAGUAAUCGCAUCCGAUAGAGGUGGUUUGAGCACGACGGCAAUAGUUAAAGUAACCGUUACGGAUGUCAACGAUCAUCGUCCGAUUUUUUAUCCGAAAGAAUAUAACGUGUCAUUAAGUUCGAAUCGGAAACCGACGAUGAUGACGUCAACGUCGACGACGACGCCGAUCGUCGCAGUCGUCGCAACGGAUGAAGAUUCUGGAAAAUUCGGUGACGUACGUUAUCGUAUAGUUUACGGUAACGACGAUAACGUUUUCCGUAUCGAUGAAAAAACCGGUGAAAUAUUUUUAAAUAAUCGUGGCAGUAUACUUUUACUACGUGAACGUAAUAAAUUGAACGUGUCAGCAACGGAUGGUGACGGUUUAAGGUCAUUGCAAGAUGCACAAGUUUACAUAACGGUUUCGGAUUCGAAUCGCGGUCCACCCGUAUUUGAUAAAUCAAAAUAUAAUUUUAAAAUUCUAGAAGAUUCUAAAAGGAAUUCGAUUGUCGGAAGAGUUAAAGCUUAUCAACUUUCCGGUUCAAACGAUUCAAUACAAUAUUACAUACAUUCGGGUGAUCCCGAGGGUAAUUUUUCAAUCGAUCCCGAAACUGGAAUAAUACAAACAUCUACGAUAUUAGAUCACGAAAUUCAUUCAUCGAUAUUAUUAAACGUUCAAGCUUUGUCUGGAGAAUCGAAUCCGACUUAUGGACACACACAAGUAAACAUCGAAAUAGAAGACGUUAACGAUAACGCUCCGGAAUUCGGUUCGAAUAACGUUAGAAUAUCAGUACCGGAAGAUAUCGAACCUGGAACUCCACUUUAUCAAGCACACGCAAUAGAUAAAGAUUCUGGAGAAAAUGGCGUCGUGAGAUAUAGUUUGUUAUUCGGUAAAAAAUCAUCAUCAUCAACGUCGAAAGAUUUUUUCAAAAUGGAUUCGAUAUUGGGUCAUUUAACACUGACGAAACGUUUGGAUUACGAAAUGAAUCAAAGACAUUCACUCGUUAUCGUGGCAACAGAUUCUGGAAUUCCAACCUUAUCAUCAAACAUGACUCUUAUCAUCGAAGUCCAGGAUGUUAAUGAUAACGCGCCAAUUUUCGAAAGAUCCGAAUAUUAUGUAAACGUCAUAGAAUCAUUACCGAUAAAUUCGCAGAUAUUGCAAGUGGCAGCAACGGAUCAGGAUACCGGUAAUAAUGCAAGGAUAACGUAUCGUAUAAAAAAAAUAAUUGGUAACGGUACGACCGGAAACGUGGAUGAUGAAACGUUCGGUAUAUUUCCAAAUAGCGGUUUGAUAUAUUUGAAAGAAAAUCUGGAUAGGGAAACGAUAAAUAAAUACGACGUACUGAUAACGGCAACUGAUAACGGUACGCCGCCAUUGACGGCAACGUGUAAAAUUCUUAUCACAGUAACGGAUGCAAAUGAUAACGAUCCGAAAUUUCAAAUGGAUAAUUACGAAUUUUCAAUUGAAGAAAAUUUACCGCCAAAUUCACCCGUCGGUAAAAUAUCCGCCGUGGAUUUAGACUACGGGCAAAAUUCAUUGAUCAAAUAUUCAUUCAUACCGUCGAAUAAUUCGAGUUUUAAAAUUAAUCCCACGACGGGUGACAUAUACGCAAAAGAAUCUUUGGAUCGAGAAAAGAAAGAAAUUUACGAACUCGUGGCAGAAGCAAGAGAUCAGGGAGUACCACCGAGGAGUUCAAGAGUUCCAGUACGUAUUAUCGUAACGGAUGUUAAUGAUAACGCUCCAGAACUUUUAGAUCCGAGGGAAGAUGUGGUGAGCGUGAGAGAAGAACAACCCGGAGGUACGGAAGUGACUAAAAUCAAAGCCAUUGAUAAAGACAAAGGAAAAAAUUCAACUAUAACUUAUUCAAUACUUAAAGGACGAGAUUCCGACGGUUACGAUUUAUUCACAAUCGAUCCAAUCACCGGAUCUAUAAGAACUCGUACGACUUUAGAUCACGAAGAAAGAUCGAUAUAUCGUUUGGCUGUUGCUGCCACGGACGGUGGUAAACCGCCUAAACAAACGAUACGUUUGUUAAGAGUCGAAGUUUUGGAUUUAACAGAUCACAGGCCGACAUUUACGAGUUCGAGUUUGGUAUUCAAGGUCAAAGAAAAUGUUAAAAUUGGUUACGUCGUCGGUACUGUCGCACCAACGGAUUCAUUCAAUUCAGAAUUGGAUAGAGAAAAACAAUCUGAUUAUUUAUUGGAAGUGAGAGCGUUGGACACGAGUGCGACAAACAACCCUCAAAGCAGUGCCGUAACCAUACGUAUUGAAAUAGUAGACGUUAAUGAUAAUUCACCGGUUUGGCCUGAGAAUCCGAUAACAAUAGAAUUACCAGAAGACACACCGGUCAGCACGGUCAUAUCAAAUUAUUCGGCUUUCGAUGCUGAUACCUCAUCUAAUUCCGAUUUACGAUAUAGUCUGCUACGAUGUUAUCCAGAAUCAGGUACAAAAGUAUUUGCCGUCGAUAUGCUAACGGGUAUAAUAACAUUAAAUUCCCCCCUGGAUUACGAACAACUCACCGAAUACACAUUGAUUGUAUCGGCAACGGAUCAAGCGGUGAACGUAACCGAACGUCGUACGACUUCUGCCACGUUUAUUAUUAAAAUAACGGAUUCGAACGAUAACGAACCUUAUUUCAUAUCACCCACGACGAAAUCUAUACUCGUUAACGAUGCCAUCGAACCCGGGUCCGUACUUGCGAAAAUAAUCGCCGUGGAUUUAGAUUCAGAUGAAAAUGGACGUGUUAGUUACACGAUAACGAGCGGUAACGACGAUGGUAAAUUUUCAUUGGAUCACGAUACGGGAAUAUUAAAAUUAUCAAAAUCUUUCGUUAUCGAUAAUAACACGUUGAAAAAAAAUUCGUUUGUUUUAAAUGUCACCGCCAUGGAUCACGGUUUGCCGCAAAAAUUCAAAAUGGCGUCCGUUAAUAUAGUUACGCAGGGUAAUAACGAAAUACCGCCGAAAUUUAUAAAUUCAAAUUAUACGGUUUCCGUUGCGGAAGAUUUACCAUCUGGAAGCAUUAAAAAGAACAUGACAUAUCAGAUACCCGUUGGCGUGGCAGAAGAUAAAUUUAUCAUCAAUUCGAAAACAGGACUCGUUACAAUUAAAUCCACGUUGGAUAGAGAAAGUCGAAGCGUUUAUACUUUUCCCAUUUACGUCACUGACGAAACCGGAAAACGACAGUAUGACGUCACUUUGUUGACCGUAAACGUGUUGGACGUUAACGAUCACGCUCCCGAAUUUAAACAAGGUUCUUGUUAUCCCAUACACGUUCCGGAAAAUACGGAUUUGUCUGCUAUACACAAAGUCGUGGCAUCGGAUUUGGACGAGGGUGUCAACGGUGAAAUAACUUAUUCCAUAACUUCCGGUAACAUCGGUAACAAAUUCAGCAUAGAUAUACAUUCUGGACUUUUGAGCGCGAGACCACUCGACAGAGAAGUUCAUUCGAAAUAUGUUUUGGGUAUAACGGCUCAGGAUAGAGGAAAUCCGACGUCUUUGCAGGGUUCAUGCAACAUAACGAUCGUCGUUGACGAUGAAAACGACAACGAUCCGCAAUUUUCACAGCAAAAAUAUACGGCAUCCAUACCUGAAGACAUUUUACCAAAUUCUGACGUUCUCACCGUACACGCCGUUGAUGCUGACACUGGAAUAAAUUCAAAAAUAUUUUAUUCAUUGGCAAACGAAACUCAUUGGCUAUUUAAAAUAGAUAAUAAAACUGGAGUCAUAUCAACAUCUGGAUUUUUCGACAGGGAAAAAAUAAACGUUUACGAAUUUCAAGUAGUUGCCAGCGAUGGCGGAAGAUACGAUGCCAGAUGGAAAAAGGUACCCGUACGAAUCACAAUAACGGAUGUUAACGAUAACAAACCGGUUUUCACAUCGAAUCCGUUUUUCGUACAAGCGCCCAUAUACACUCAAGCCGGAAGUAGUUUGAUUAAAGUAACGGCAACGGAUGAUGACGAGGGUACAAAUUCGGAAAUUGUUUAUUCGUUUUUAAACGAACCCCCAAAUAAUAAAUUUAAAAUAAAUCCGAAUACCGGAUUGGUCACGGCGAGUUCAUCACUUUCAAGCGAUUCCGGUAAAUUAUUUCAUUUGGAAAUAUUAGCCAGGGAUAGGGGUAAUCCACCCAAAAGUGGUAAAGGUCUUUUGGAAAUAAGAAUCGGAAACGGAAACGAUAAUAAUAAUUCCGCACUGAGAUUUCAAAAUUCUACAUAUGACGUCACACUUUUGGAAAACACUUCCGGGUCUAAGGAAAUAUUACAAGUUUCCGCCGUUCGUACCGAUGGGAGACGUCACCGUAUUAAAUAUUCGUUGUUGACCGGUCGUCACGAAAAUUUAUUUACAAUCGAUUCGAAAACCGGAUGGAUAAAAAUCGAACAAAGUUCCGUCAAUUAUUUAGAUUACGAAAAUUUUAAAUCCAUCAAACUCACCGUCAUGGCGGAAACCGAUGGUCCUUUGUUUGGUUAUUGUGACGUCAUAAUUAAAUUACAAGACGAAAAUGAUAACGCGCCAAAAUUCACGCAAGAAUAUUAUACUGCUUCCGUUUGGGAGGGUAAUAAUAAAGGAACAUACGUCAUGCAGGUAUCCGCAACGGAUUUAGACGAAGGUUCAAACGCUCACGUUCUCUAUCACAUAGUUGAUGGUAAUCACGAUAAUGCUUUCGUCAUAGAACCUCCUUUUAGCGGCCUCGUCAAAACCAACAUAGUAUUGGAUCGUGAAAUUCGUGACGUUUACAAAUUGACGAUAAUCGCGACGGAUGAAGGAAAUCCACAACUCACGGGUACGGCAACGUUAAGGGUUAACAUCGUCGAUGCUAAUGAUAAUCAACCAACGUUUCCACCACACGGUGUCAUAUCCGUUAGCGAGGGUACCGAAGUGGGUACGGUAUUAACAUCCGUGACCGCCAACGACGUCGACACGAAUCCAACUCUGACGUAUUUUCUAACGAAGGAAACAAACGAGUUCAGCAUAGAUAGAUUCAGCGGUAAAAUAAUACUCGGUAAAAAAUUAGAUUACGAAAAUAAAAAAGAAUAUAAUUUGGCAAUAAUGGCGUCGGAUACCGCGCACACGGCACAAACGUCAUUGAUGAUACGAGUGACGGAUGUCAACGACAAUGCUCCGAGUUUUUCGAAACCGUAUUAUCAAGUAGUACUCACAGAUGGUCCAGAUCACGUGACUCCUCUACUAACUGUCAACGCGACGGAUUUAGAUUCUGGUAACAAUGCCAAAAUAAAAUAUUCGUUAUAUAAACCCGUAAAAGGUAUAACCAUAGAUGGUAGCAAAGGGAUAUUGAAAGCGAAUAAAACGUCGCUCACGGAAAUGAUAAUGACGGAAGGUGUUAAAGAUAUCGAUUUGGCAUUGGUUGCGGAAGAUUAUGGUAUGCCAUCACUUUCAUCUCUGGCAUCUGUUAGGAUUAGAGUUAAUAAUAAUAGAGAUUUCGGACCGUAUUUCACACAAGAAGAAUUUCAGAUAAGAAUAAGAGAAGAUAGUCAACGUGGUAGCAGUUUAUUAAAAAUUGCAUCAGUCGAUAAUGGUAAAUCACAAACGGGAGGAAGUAAUGCUGAAUUUUCAAUCGUCGAAGGUAACGAAGAUGGAGUUUUUCAAAUAUUAAGUCCGAGCGGUGAUUUGGUACUUUUGAAAGAACCAGAUAGAGAAAGGAAAAAUUCGUAUAAGCUACUUGUUUCCGCCGGAAAUCAUAUUUACAGAUCGAAUAAUGCCACGAUAUACGUGACAAUAGAUGAUGCUAACGAUAACGCGCCAAUUUUUCAAGGAUUAAAUUCUGAUGGUAUUUACGAGGUGACACUUUCGGAAUCGUCACCCAUCGGUACUUCCGUUAUCACUUUGUUUGCGAACGACACGGAUUUACCUGGUGGCCCCAAUACGGAACUCACAUACGAUAUCAUAUCCGGAAACGAUGAAAAUUUAUUUUACAUCGAAUCGAAAGAUGGUACCAUAAAAGUUAAUAAUUUGUUGGACUACGACGAUGGUAUAACAGUUUAUAAUCUUUUGGUGAGAGUGAGCGAUGGUGGUAAAUAUCCGGAUCGACCACUAUCGAAUUUGGCAACGGUUAAAAUCAAAUUGAAAGACGAAAACGACAACGUACCCAAAUUUCCGGUUUUGGAGUAUUUCGAAUUCGUAGCGGAAAACGAACCCGUAGGUACGAGCGUAUUCACGGCGAGAGCCGUCGAUGCCGACAAAGGAAUUUUCGGAAAGUUAAAUUAUUCUAUACUUUCUGCUGCCACGUCGACGGAUUCGGGUUCGACGGAUUCCGAAGGAAGUUGGAAAUUGUUUAAAGUUGAUUCGAACACGGGCGUCGUUUCGACGAAUUCCGUUUUCGAUUACGAAAAUAAAAACAGAUACGCUUUCAUUUUACACGCCGUCGAUGUCGAUGGUAAAACGGCAAAGGUCAGAGUUCAUAUUGAAAUAGAGAGCAGAGAUGAAUUUCAUCCGCAGUUCACUGAUAGGACUUAUAGAUUUACCAUUCCUCCGCCAUAUUCGGAUGGUUUGUUACCCGUCGGUACUAUAAUUGGUAACGUCGAAGCGACGGAUCGUGAUAAGGGACCCGACGGUAAAGUCGUUUAUCAGUUGACGACUCAACAAACUUAUUUUAAAAUCAACAGAACGACGGGAGCCAUUAUGGUUAAGAAGAAACUUGAUGAUAACGUCAAGGAAUCCAACAGGGAUAUAAGUUUUAUAGUGACUGCAUCCUCUGGAAAACAAGGAUCGCUUACCAAUACGACCGUUGUUGAAAUAAUCAUCGAUCCCCUUGCCGAACACGGUUUGAAUUUGGCGAGUACCGUCGAUGGUAACAAUAACAAAUCCAUGGCGACCGGCGGUGGUGGUGGUCUUGCCGAUUGGGCACUAGGACUAUUGAUAGCUCUUAUUCUUAUACUUUUAAUUUUUGGCGGAGUGUUUUUGUUUCUGCACAUGAAAAACCGAAGAAAUAAAAAAGUUAACAAACCCGCAUUGAGCACGGGUAGUACGGUGAACGGUUCGGACGGUUUCGUCGAUCCCAGUGCGUUCGAUACGAUUCCGAUAAGAGGAACGGGAGGAAUUCAGGGUACGGGUCCUUUCGCACCUCCAAAAUACGAUGAAAUACCACCGUAUGGAAACAAUCAUCGUAACACGAGCAGUUCGGGUAACGCGACGACAUCCGAAUUGAGCGGAUCCGAACAAUCGGGUAGUAGCGGUAGAGGAUCUGCCGAAGAUGGCGAAGACGUCGAAGACGAAGAAAUAAGAAUGAUCAAUGAAGGUCCUCUCCAAGGUCGAGAAGGUGGGAUACAUCAUCAAAACAUGGAAGAAGAUAACAUAUCAGAUGUUUCCGUCCAUAAUACUCAAGAGUAUUUAGCUAGGUUAGGUAUUGUAGAUAAUUCAGGUAUGGGUGGUGCCGUGGUGGGCGGAGGAAGUUCAACGUCGAGAAGGAGUUCGGACGCUUUAUCCGCCGGCAACAAGGAUAUACUACAGCAAGGUGUUCCAAUAGAUUCUUUGCGUAUGUUCGACGAAGAAGGUGCCGGAGAUGCAGACAUUAGUAAUUUAAUAUAUGCCAAAUUAAAUGACGUUAGUGAAAGAGGAAGUGCGGAAGAUUCGAGUGCGGUCGAUCGGGUUAUACUUUCCGGUUUCGACGUGCCCGGAGUGAACGGAGUCGGUACGCAACAACCAUCGAUGACGGGAAGUCUUAGUUCUAUAGUACACAGUGAAGAAGAAUUGACCGGUAGCUAUAAUUGGGAUUAUUUAUUAGACUGGGGACCACAGUAUCAACCCUUGGCACACGUUUUUUCCGAAAUAGCCAGGUUAAAAGACGAUACGGCGAGUGUGCAAAGUACAAAUAGCGGUUCGGCGAGUAGCAAAGGCGGAAAAGGUGUCAUAUCGACAUCUAAAACAUUACCCCCUCCGCUUUUGACGAGCGUGGCUCCUAGAAGCAUUGCCGCUCCCGUUAUAGCUCCACGUAGAACCGGACAUACUAGUCAUCAUUCAUCGACCCCUCAUCAUUCCGUUUCAUCACAACAGCAUCAAUUACUCUUAUUACCAAGGUCGCCGAUAAGUCACGAUGCAUCCGGUGCUAGUUUCAACACAUCCGCGGCCAUGUCGCCUAGUUUUUCACCAUCCCUCUCCCCUCUCGCAACGAGAAGUCCCUCCAUAUCUCCUCUUUUCACUCCGGGUAUGUCUACAUCUCAUCACGUCAUAUCCAUACCGAGGCAAAAUCAAAGGAAUACCGUCACAGAAACCGAACUUAGAAUUUAA